AUGGUUGCCCCGACUUCACGGCCAAGUAGCUAUUAUAACCGCGGUUUGAGCAUCCAGGCUAACACCCCGCAGCAAGCCUUAGGCCAUGGCGUCACCUGUGCGUGCAGGGAGUCUUCAGAAGUCUCUCCUCAUAUGUCAUCAGAAGGUGUCACUACGCCCAUGGCAGUGACCCGCAAAUCCAAAUUUACUGAUGAAACUGACACUUGCUCGAGCCAAUCGGGAAGCACUGCUGGGAGCAUACGGGAAGACCUGCCACUGUGUCCAAAAGAUGAAUUAUGCCCCCGAAUCAAUAACCGGAAACACCAGUACAAGUACGCCCACACCUGCCGUCUGUUUCCAUGCUACCACGGCCAUGUCGUGCGCCACGCGAGGCUGUUUCGUCAUGUUGAAGGGCAAAUUGCCCAGCCCGCAGGGUUUGAUGCGAGUAGGAUGUCUGUACACACCUUGGCGAGUGUGAACUUUAGUCAGAUCAGUAUGGAGGCGCCUAACGCGUACCGGAUUUAUAUUUCACACGGCGAUAAAAGCCAUGAGAUUUUUGGGGAUUGGGCUAGCGUAAAGGUACACACCUUCAAAAGGUAUCUCCAUCAGGUCUACCACAUCCCUCCUUCGUCACAGAAGUUGCUUUCAGUGAAAUCUGGCAAAGUUUUAGACGACGAAAUUGUUAGCGUUAAGUCCUAUGACAUUGGCGAGGAUGCCGUGCUCCAGUUAGUGGAUACCAGUAGGGCCUCGGACCAUCAGAUGUGCCGCAUUCCUUUCGAUGAGCUCUAG